AUGACCAACUUCGACUUGAGCGAUGUCGCUGGGGCUCUCCGAUCGGCACGGGCGGAUGCAAAGCCAAUCGACGCACCAACCAAAACCUGGCCCGGCCUUGAUGCUGAGAGCGGUUUCCAAGUCCAACGAAUCAACUCAGAGCAUGCUGUCAAGCAUGGUGAUCGUCUCGUCGGUUAUAAACUUGGCAACAUCGCCAAAGUGAUGCAAGCCGCGUUCGGUCUUGAUCACCCAGACUACGGAUUCCUCCACGCCAGCUCUUUCAUCUAUGAAGGCACACAAAUUGAGCGCAACAAGUUCAUUAAGCCAUACGUGGAGUUGGAGCCUGCGUUCGUCCUUAAGAGCUCGCUGAAGGGGCCUAAUAUUACUGUUGCGGAUGUCAUCAACGCUAUCGACUACGCUAUCCCCGCCAUUGAAAUUAUCGACUCGCGUGUCAAGAACUGGGAAAUCGACCUCCCUGAUACGCUCGCAGAUAACGGCUCUACCGGCGGUAUUAUCCUUGGUGGUACGCCUCGGAAGCUUACCGAUCUCACUCUCAGCAACACCCGCGGCUCUCUCAAGUACAAUGGCCAAGAAGUGAUGACAGGCAACACGAAGAACAUUCUGGGUAACCCAAUCUCAGCUGUGGCAUGGCUAGCCAACCGACUCGCUGAGUAUGAUAUUGAGUUCCAGGCUGGACAAGUUAUUAUGCCUGGAAGUUGCCUAGAAGCCAUCCCGAUGGAGAAGCCCGGAUUCUGGUCUUGUGCAUUCGAAGGAUGGGGUACCAUUGAGUUUGAAGUUGUUUAA